UGGCGGGAACCUUACGAAUGGGAUGACCUAUAAUUUUUCAUAAUUGAAAGUUUUUAACUCUUUUCAUAUAAUAAAAGUUUAAUUCUAAUACAUUUUAAAGUGGAAAUAUGCCGUCCGAUAGUGACGGAAUAGAAAAUGAUUCGGGCGGCAAAAGAAAGCCACCAAGACGACAAAAUGAAGAAAGUGACCAAAGCGAGAAUUUUUACAAGCCCUAUGUAAAAAGCAAAUACAAGAGAGUUUUUCCUGAAGCCGGCGGUAUAGGUGAAUAUACAGUAUACUUAGAAAGCCGGAAAGAAGAUGAUAAAAUUGGAAACACAAAUCCGUUGAUUUUAACUGGCCUAUUCAAAAACGAAAUUAAAGGUGUAACAAAUAUAAGAAGGAUCAACGCCUCAAAGGUAGAAGUGGUUUUUGCUAGGGCGAUCAAUGCCAAUGAUUUCUUAAAGAAUGAUAAUUUUUUAGAAAAAUACAAUUACAAGGCAUUUAUACCAGCCAAAGCUGUAGAAACGAUUGGGGUUCUGAGAUUUAUCCCAACAAGUAUCAGCAACGAAGAGCUUUUCAAGAAAUUAUCAUCAAAAUACGAAAUCGUCGCAGUGCGUCGGUUUUGUAAGAAAGUGAAUGGACAAAUAAAAGCAUUUAGUUCAGUAAGUGUGACCUUUCUGUCAACAAAUUUACCAGACUAUGUACACCUGGAUUUAUUCCAGUAUAAGGUUUAUGAAUAUAUAGCUCCAUUGCUACAAUGUUAUAAAUGUUUUAAAUUCAACCAUGGAGCCAGGUUCUGUAAAUCUGCUCAGUUCUGCUCAAUAUGUGCUGAAGAGCAUAGGUACACUGAUUGCUCUGAAAAUGCUGUAUUAAAAUGCAUAAACUGUAGUGGUCCACAUUUGGCAAUCUCAAAAGAUUGUCCAAUUAAAAAACAAAAAAUGGAGGACAAGUUUAAUAAGACUUCUUAUGCCAAGGUUUUACAGACUCAACAAACACCAAACAUAUUUAACAAUUACAGUACUAAUUUCCCAUCUUUUCCUUCUAAAACACCAACAGUCCCAAUAAAUACAGAUCAAUCACAUUCACAUCCAGGUAAGACAACUAAAGACAACCCUAAAAUGGGAAAAAACAAGACAGACACUUCUCAAAUAAAAAACACAGAACAACUUAUCGAACAAAUUUUAAAAAAUGAUAAUGUUUUAAAUGGGCUAAUUGGAGCAUUAGUGGAAAUUGGUAACUCAAACCUUAAGCUUACUACAUCAAUUAUUAAAGAUAUACUUACUACAAAUUUAAAAAAAUAUAAUAAAAAUGGAUAAACA